AUGCGGACGUAUUUUGUGAUAAUUUGUGUAGUCACCAUUUUCGCAAGUUAUGCGAUAACGGCCGUAAAUUGUUCCGAGUCAAUUUUCAAAGAAUUCACAACGCACGGUGGCUCUGUGAUUAAAGACGGCUCUAAGGUAGGUAGAAAAUUGUCAUCUCCAUUUCAAUCUAGGGAAAAUAACGGAUGACUCAUAUAUAUAAAGCUAAAUGUCGAAAUGAUUAUAUAUAGGCGGGUAUGUAUCAAAAUAAAAUAACAUAACAUAAUUCCGUUGAGAUUUGAGCCUUUCGAUCUCCUAGGUGGAAAACGUGGUAAUUAUUAUUCAUAUGAAAGCUUUGGAUUGACAGCAAUGCAACUACUUGAAAAAUACAAGAAGAACUUCAGAAUAAGUUUACUAUAAAUAUGAUAAAAUUCUCCUUGUAUUUUUUCAGGUAUAGUUGCGUCUCUAUCAACCCAAAGCUAGUUGAAGCUUUCUUAUUAUUGGCCUACCUAUCAAGUUAUGUGAAGUACUAAAAGUAGAAUUAUAACUCUUAGAACUGAUUAAAACUGAUUAUAAUUAUGUAUCUAAGAGCUUUAUCAACAUAUCAAGAAGAGCCAUUACAUGGAAGGGGAAAAAACAUAAUAUAAAGACAAAACAAAAAGCAAAUAAUAACCACGUAACUGGUAUAUCUAAGAGUCGAUAUUAUAUAUCAUAUCUAUAUUUCAUGACAUAACGCUUUUGGAAUGUGCCCUGUCGUACCGUUGUUAGUAGAGCAGUUGAUAAGGGACAACGCAGUUAAUAUAAUAGAAAUAUAAAGAGAAAUUGCAUGUAGGUUAUGAGAUCUUUCUUUUACCGCGAAAUUUCAAUGUGAAGUGUUCCAAUUCCACAUAAGAAAUAAUUAUUUUACAUGUGAAAUUAAUUUCAGAUACAUACUUAGCCUCUAAUUUUGCAUGUGAAAAAUCGGGAAUUAAAUGCCUAAUAUUAACAUUUUAGCUCACGUAAUAAUAAUAUCACACAAUUUUGUAUCGAUCUCUAUAUAGAUCAUCUACUGUCCUGCAGGUCCACCGGGUCCCCCUGGACCACCUGGCGCCCCUGGCGUUCCAGGACGUGAUGGUAAGGAUGGCCAGACUAUGAUUGAAGUGAAUAAACAUGGUCGUUUUUGUACAAAACCUGUACCAUGUCCACCACAACCACCGUGUCCCCCACCCACCCCUUGUGUCCCAGCUGUCCCAAGGUAAGAAAUUCGUGAAUGUUAAUGGUGUAAGUUUUCAGUAAAAAUUUAAGCCAGUACGGUAAUAAUUUGUUAGUGACUGAGGUAUUUUGCCAGUACCAAGCAAAAGUAAUGCGUUAAACCGAAUGUGUCAGUUUUGUUUUAAGACUAUUUUAGGGACGGACGUCGUCACGUCGACCAUUAUUAGACAGAUUUAGAUCAAGGACGCGGACGUCAAAGACGACGUGAAAAUGGCGUGUUGUGCCCAUGUAUGGAUAUGCCACGCCAUUCUCACGCGUCGUCUUUGACGUUCGCGAUCUAAAUUUGUCUAUUUUUUUGGAGGAGGACGGGGUGAGAAAUCCUUAAAAAAACGAAAACAAAAAGAACAAAAAAGGUUGCAAGAACGAAAAAGUCCAAAUAAAUUAUUUGCACAUUAUGAGAAGCGAAAAAAUAGUAGCUUUUGUAAACUUGAUAAGCUGUUUUGUUUAUUGAUUAAUGAAUUUCUCACUCAUGGAUGAGCGGAUAUUUCCCAGCAGGCUAUUACGUCAUUGAUAGGGGAUCCGAGGUAUCUACGAUGUAACUUCUAAGUCAGGAAUUUACUGUUGUCAGUGUGAAGGUAUCGCUACCCUCUCUCCUCAGUUAUUUUAAGACCUUGAGUAGAGGUCCGACCCAGGAUCGAACAGGCCACAUGUGCUGGUGAAGCGUCAAGAAGCAGCCGCGAAAAAUUGUUUGCAAAGACAGCGAUAAACAAAAAAUUGCUUGUGUUGAAGAAACGUUUAUCCCCCCUUCUGGAAAAUAACGGUCCGUCCCUUAUCGUGUGAUGUUUCUUAACACCCAAAUAUACCUAAUACCAACAUAGACGUCUUUAAUUCAUUUGUACGUUCAUGAAAAAUACUCUCACACCAGAACUUCUAUGUACUAAUUAGUUGACUCAUAUGUACCGUACAUUUAGGCCCACUCCAACACCUAUUCCUCUGGGCACUCGUGAAAACCCUGCGUGGUCGUGUCAAGAGAUAUAUGCAUUAAACCCAAACACGAAUAGCGGUCCUCAUUGGUUGAAGACACCUCAUGAACCUUAUCAGGUAUAUAGAAGGACAUGUUAACUACAUUGUAUUGACGUUACCCAUACACCGUACAUUGUCAUCACCUCAGUAUUUAUACAUGAACUUGUGGUUAGAGCUAGACAACUGUCUCUCUGUAACUCAGUUGGUUAGAGCGUUGUACCGGAAUCGCAGAGCCGCAGAUUCGAUUCCUGUCAGAGGGCUGAUAGUUGCAUUUUUCGCAACUGCUCCUACUUAGGUCUAAGAAAUAUAUAAAAAUUCCACUUGAAAUUUCCAUCUACAAAACCCUUUUACAAUUAGCCAUUCCGAAGUUGAUGAGAGGACUGGGAACGAGUAUUAAAGUGCCCAAAUUAAGAAAUGAACCAAAUCACUAAAAAGACCACCUCAAAAUUAGUAUGUAUACAAAGUUUGAAGACGUUUACAUGAAUACCCUUCGAAUAAUAAGCUUUCAAAAAUUGUGAAAAGUACAUUUCAUAGUAAAUAUCACAAUUUUCGAAAGCUUAUUAUUCGAAGGGUAUUCAUGUAAACGUCUUCAAACUUUGCAUACUUACUAAUUUUGAGGUGGUCUUUUUAGUGAUUUGGUUCAUUUCUUAAUUUGGGCACUUUUUAACACUCGUCCCCAGUUCACUCAUCAACUUCGGAAUGGCUAAUUAUUGACGUUACUGUUUAUUAUAAGGCACUUUAUUUCAUUAUCGUCAUAUAUGAAUCAAAACAAAAUGAGGAACUAAUUAACUACGGUAACUAAUUAACUAAGUGCAGCUAACUAAUUAUUUAACUAGCUAACUAAUUAGCUAACUAACGUACAAAAUAAGCAAGUAACUAACUAGCUGGCUAACUAAUUGUUUAAAAUACUGACUAACUAAUUAACUAAUAUAACUUACUAACUAAACAAUUGAGUAACAUACUAACCCAUAACUAAGUAAUUAACACACUGAUGAACUGAACAACUAAAUGACCAACUUUAUUUCUAUUGCUUGAAUAUAAGUUGAUCAAUUUUAAAAUACGGUCUCCGCGGAGUUCCAGCAAGAGGCAUCGAUCACUUGACCAGUGUCAAGGCUGGCUUACACCAUCAAAGUUUCUGUGAUCACAGUACAGAGGAAUUUUGCAUUUUGAGGAAUUUGUAGGAAAUGAUUGAGGGAACUGAGUCAACUGACUCAUGUGUAAACAAGGAUUCAGUUCCCUCAAGCAUUUCUUACAAAUCCUUCGAAACCUAGAAUUUGCCUAUGCAAAAUUCCCACUGUGAUCACAGAAAAUGUGAUAGUGUAAUGGUGCCUUUAAUGAUUAUACAGCAACAUCAGAAUACCUAUAAGUACCCGAGAAACUCGCAGUGUAAAACCUGGUAGAGUGCGAAUGAAAUCACUUUUCCCACAUGCAACUGCGACGAGAUUACAAUCAGAUAACUGCAUAUUGCAGGGAUCGAACCCCGUUCACAGAAGUGUGAACUACCAACACCUCACCACAAUGUACCAACCAUCCUCUAGGUGCACUGUGAAAUGGUAAAGGAAAAUGGUGCUAACCGUGGUGGUUGGACGCUGGUAGCCAGAGUAGAUGGACAUACCAAUGACUUUGCUGGUAUCAGUCCAACUUGGACGAACUCUGAUUUAAUUAACGAGGAAGAAGGGACAGAUUUAACAAAGACCAAUUCCAUGAAGAACUAUGGUUGGGGAAAUAUCAUAAGUAAUCAAUUAAUGGCAUGUUUUAGUGGCCCUCACGAGCACUGCGCAACGUUUACGCACAAUAAAGAGAUGACGCUUGCUAGUUUAUUCAAGACACAGUUCGCUGUGGAAACAUCGGAACAUUAUACGUUCAAAUCGUUGAUGGGGAAGUUUGGUAAAGCAUUGGAUGUAUCUGAACUGAAGACGGUAAUAGAUAUUGAAUUUUUACAUACAGUAUAUCGGGAUUUUGUAUGAAAAAUUUCAAAAUCGAAAUUUUUUUCUCGCUUGGAAAAAGUGCUUGAUGUUCCUGGUAUCCUAAUCUGUCCUUUGAAGUGUUCCUUAAAUGUGCGUAAUAACGAACAUGGAAAAUUUGCCCGCACAUUGCGCCAUUAAGGUUUUGACAACGAACUACCAUUUAUGUUUAUCAAUAUCCAUGCAGUCUCUAUGGCGUAGCCAGCCCGACAAUUUAGUCCCGCUCAUAGAUAUCUUAUAUACACUAGAUAGCGCAUCUCUUUAAGUAAAAUUGAAGCCAAGAAUAUUCCAGCGGUUACCCCCAUUUGAAUAGGCGGCCAUGUUGGAGUUUCCCACUCGCUAAUAAACGUUUAAAAAACAACAAUAACUUUCAUCAUUUGAACAGUUUGAAAAUGUAUUUGGAAUAGGUUUAACUUAAUGUUUAAGUUCCCUGUUUAAGAAAUAGAAAACAUACGAGUCUUCUCAUUUCAUGGGAAUAUCCUGAGUCUGCAAUCACGGCUUCAAUUUUUGAAUUGCAGAAUAAUUAGAUGCACUAUCUAGUGUAUAUAAGAUAUCUAUGGUCCCGCUAUGCAAAUUCAAAAUUAUUAUCAUCAUUCAUCUCUUUAGAAAUUGAUUUUUUUCACAGUCAAUGAACACGAAAAUUUUUGCAUAGCGGGACUAAAUCGUAAUUGGGCUGGCUACGCUACUGUGCAGUCUAUGCAAACACUUUCCGUAAAUGCUUUGCUCAGGUCAAAGGCGCUUCAUGUGUAUGACAACGAAAUAUCUAAUGUCUUACGAAUAACGGACGAUAUGCAAAUUAGGAAACUGGAGAUGAUUGAACGCGACUGGCACUACAGCUUUGACCGCGAUUGGCACUGCAGCUUGAUAAAAGUUUUUGGUGUAUAGGGUUUUAAAAAUAUAACUUUAGCGCAUCAAAAUAAAACAUGAAUUUUGUUAGACAUUAAUUGACUGUAUACUUUUAUUCCAGGAAUGGUGUGGUAUAAACUUGGGUGACCUAUGCAGUUUGGCGCACCCACCCAGCAAGUACCAUGGAACACAUGUGUGUAGGAUUGGGUGUAUAGGCGACUCCAGUGAUGGCAGCUGUCAUCCACAAGACUACGCUUUAGGUAAGUUUUAGUUUAUUGUACGUUAUUGUUUAUCGUUUCUGACUCGUUGGUGAGCAAAUUCCCCAACAGAGAUUGCCCAGUUGAUAGGGAAUCCGAUGUACCUACGAUUGAACGUCCUUAUCCGAGAAGACGCGAAAGUCUAACCAUUUACUGUCGUUCCAAUUGAAGUGUUGCUCAAAUAUUGAUUGUAAAGGUUGUUCUUUCUCUUCAAUUAUUUUAAGACCUUGAAUAGAGGUCCUAAAAUAGAGAAGCAUACUUUUUAAGUUUGUUUGCCGCUUGUGAAACGUAUCAAGAACUAAAAAAAAAAAUUCUAAAAUUCGAAUAUAGUCAUAUAACCAGUGGAAGAGUAUAUAUAUUAUAUUCAUGAGUUUUUAGCGCGUGUUACAUAACAUACAAAUGAUUCUCUUCUUAAAUAAUAAAUUAAUACGAUUUGCCAUCUUUUUCAAGGUAUUGGAGUGGCUGUAUGUCAUCGUAACCAUAGGGACAAGAGAUGUGCUUUGAAAGAUACCUCUAGCAAAAGUCUGUAUUAUAAAACGUUGCUACACAAACGACAUGGAAGUUAUUCUCAGACUGCUUUUAUUUACAUCAAAUAA